UACAGUGUGGCAAAGGCGUUGACACGAAGGUAAAAAACGCUGUCGCCGACAGUCGGCAAAGCGAAAUCGGUGUCGGAUCGGCCUCGUGUGAGUGAGCCUUUAUACGAUGGGAGUGUUGUGCCGAACAAACUCUGAACAUGUGAAUUCUGCGACGCUCAUUGCAAGUGGAACCGGGCUUCGCUUUUGGACCCCGUCGUCUGUCCUUUGUGGUCCAAUAUUGAAUGCAAAUGUGGCGCACAGGCAAGGAAGACCGAACCAUUGUUGCAGAUAUGCACCGUCAGCAAGCCAGGCAUCAGUUCAAUGCACACUCGCAACAUAAACGAAGUAGACCGCUGCCGGCAUUAAACAACCAGCCCGAAAACAAAGGACGUCGGAACGGGACCGAGUACGUUUUCGGGGAGAAACUUAUAUCCUUGCCGGCUACAACACCAAUGCCCUUGGUUCACCUACGGUCUUCGCAUUACGCUGACUUCCCGGAUCUACUGUUUCCACUCGGCCAGCAUGGCUCCGCCGUCGGACAACGUGGCAGCACCUCCGGAGCGAUGAACCCGACCGAGUACGUCGAGAACGGCGAGCCCGAGACGCAAGUUGUACGUGAUGUCUACGACUGCGGCAUCGAGAUGACCCAGCCGUUGGAGCACUCUUCGUCCCCGCAGUGUUCGGAGGAAGAAGGAAGCACCGUGGAUGAGUCGGGCUCCAGUGCCUACGAUGCGACCCUGCACGUGAUGAACACCAAGGACCACCAUUACGGGCAACAGGACCAGGCAGCCACUGGCAGCACUGAGGGCUGCAAUAAGGAGCAGCUGGGCCCAUAUGACACCAAGGAAAAGAUGCUGGAUGGGGCUCUAACACGCCUGUUGCGGUUGCGGCACAAUGCCAGUGUUACCGAGACACUCAACACGCCUGAAAACCUCGGUGGACAAAGCCGUCACUGCGCUCAGCUUAGCCAAGAUCUACACAGCGUCCAUCAGCUGUUUGGGCGACCGCAACCACGCGUGUCGUCGGCGACCACAACCGCGUGCGUGGGAGUCACGCUGACGCCUCCGGACGAUGGGCCCCUCUGUCUGGUCAGUCGGACAGGAACCGUUUCGACGGUGGAGUGGUUUGACUGCGUGUGUUGUCACACACCGUUACGCGUGUCCCUCUUCAUUUCCGAGCAAGCCGUCGCGUGUUUCAACCAGUACCGCCAGGUCGCCAGUCACAAGAGGCGUACAGCCACUCGAAACGGCAAGGAAGUCUGUUUGAUCGGUAGUAUGGCCAUCCAUCGGUCGCCAGUCGACGACGUCCGGGUUCAUCGCGGCCAACGCAAGAGAACAACGCGGACGUCACCCUCGGCGGUAACUAGACUGGCGACCAGGCCGUUCUUCAACACGACCAUCACCUAUACGGCCUCGGCAAGUUCUCCGUUCGCACGUGUGAGAAAAGCCUGGACGCCAGCACAGAGCAGGUAGCUCUGAGAAACGGCAGCCAGCGAGCGGUUUUGACAUCCGAGGCCGUCUGGUGCUGCUUUGAUGCUGCGCGUCAUGAUGACUGACGGUGGGGCCGAGUCAAACUCGGCAAUUUUACUUGUAUUUACCUUUUUUUUCGGCAAAACGAAGCUAAUUUGUCUUCGGCCAUCUGUGUGUAAUUAAAUAUUGA